CACGGGGAAUACUACCAAACUCUGGCAAGAAAAAAAACACGAUGCAAUGUUACUGUUAGCCUGGAUGUAAAUGUAACUUUUUGUCCUGCCUGUGAGGAAUAGCUGUGUGUGCUGCGUCGCGGUGGUGUUUGAACUGAAACAGGGCAGUUUGCACUCGCAGCAACAGAGCGAUGGACAGCCAAGAUGAGAUUGAGCCGGAGGCCAAGAGCUCGUCGGCCCAGCCCCUGGCCAGAAGGCGCUUUUCCCAUGACAUGCACGGCCUGAGUCCAGACGAGAUAGACGGCCUCAUGUCCAGCAGUGAGGGACGUCCUUUCCUUGUGGUGCAUCGCCUUCCUGAAAUAAAAGAGGAGGGGGUUCCUUUCCUAAUGCCUGGUAUCCCUAUUACAUGCAGAGUGGACAACACAGAGAAAUACACUACCCGCUCAAAGGUCCGUGUGGGCACCUUGUACACAGUGUUUCUGACACAUGGCCACUUCCAAUGGGCAGUGAAGAGGAAGUACAAGCACUUCCAGGAGCUGCAUCGAGACCUUUACAAGCACAAGAUGAUGCUUCACCUGCUUCCUCUGGCCAGAUUUGCAAAGGACCGGGCGCAGCUGCGAGCCAUGUCAGAGGAAAUGCCCAGCCUCCACGGGACUGAACGCACCAGGAGGACCUCCAGCAAAAUGAAAUACCUCGAGGAGUACCUGAACGGCCUGCUGGAGAACUCCUUUUGUAGGAAUGAUCACAGCAUGAUUGAAUUCCUCUCUGUCGGCGCCCUCUCCUUCGUCACAGAUCUCGGACCCAAAGGCUUGGAGGGUCCCAUCUUCAAGAGGUCGGGCGGUCACCGGAUCCAAGGCCUGAACUGCAUUGGUCACCAUCAGUUCUGUUUCCGCUGGUCCCGGCGCUGGCUGGUGGUGAAAGACUCCUUCCUGAUGUACAUGAACCGAGACUACGGCAAGAUCAACUUUGUGUUGCUGUUUGACCCGGAGUUCAAGGUGAAAGUGGGCCGGGCUUACACCGACACCAAAUACGGAGUCUGCUUCGAGAACUUCGCUCGAUGUCUGGUGAUCAAGUGCAGCAGCUACAGACAGGCUCAUUGGUGGAGUCAUGAAAUCAACCGGCUGUCAGACUCCAGCGACUUCCUCAAAGUGCAACGCUUCAAGGGGUUUGCUCCGCCACGGGAGCACACGCUCACCAAAUGGUUUGUGAAUGGAAGCGGCUUCCUCUCAGACCUGGCUGAUGCUCUGGAACAAGCCAAGGAGGAAAUCUUCAUCACAGAUUGGUGGCUCAGCCCUGAAGUGUUCCUCAAGAGACCGGCAACUGAUAAGUCCUGGCGCCUGGAUGAGAUCCUCAAACGCAAAGCAGAACAAGGAGUCAAAGUGUGUGUUCUGCUGUACAAGGAGGUGGAGAUGGCCCUCGGCAUUAACAGUGAGCACAGCAAGAGGACCCUCAUGGAUAUGCAUCCAAACAUCAAGGUAAUGCGACACCCUGACCACGUGUCGUCCGUGGUGUUCCUGUGGGCUCACCAUGAAAAGAUGGUGGCCAUUGACCAAACUGUAGCCUUCGUGGGGGGGAUUGACCUGGCGUUUGGGAGGUGGGACGACAGCCUGUACCGGCUGACUGACCUGGGUUUGAAAGAGACGUCUGACACUGACGGAGGAACAGGAGACAAUGGUGUGACAAAACCGUCUGAACCAGAUACGGAAGCGGAGCAGGACCCCGGCGACCUGACGGGCAACACUAAGCUGUGGCUCGGCAAAGACUACAGCAACUUCAUCAAGAAAGACUGGGUGCAACUGGACCGACCGUUUGAAGAUAACAUCGACCGCACUCAAGUUCCCCGCAUGCCGUGGCGUGAUCUGUCUGCAGCGGUUCAUGGCAGAGCUGCUAGGGAUGUAGCCCGUCACUUCAUCCAGCGCUGGAACUUCACCAAGAUCUUCAAAAACAAGUACAAGGACGAUUUCUACCCCUACCUCCUGCCCAAGUCCCACUGCACCGCUGACUUACCCUCGUUCACUGUGCCCGGAUCCAAGAAGGCCAAAGUGCAGGUGUUGCGCUCUGCAGACCGGUGGUCUACUGGAACCUGUGAGAACUCAAUCCUCAACGCCUACAUCCACACCAUCGAGAACAGCGAGCACUACAUCUACAUCGAGAACCAGUUCUUCAUCAGCUGUGCCGACGGGAAGACCGUCCACAAUGGGAUCGGGGAUGCAAUUGUGAAUCGAAUCCUGCAUGCAUUCAGAGAGAAGAAGAAGUACAGAGUGUUUGUGGUGGUCCCUCUGCUUCCUGGAUUCGAGGGAGACAUCGCGGCUGGAAGUGGAGUUGCGAUUCGAGCUAUUCUACACUUCACUUACAGGACCAUGUGCCGAGGAGAGUGCUCCAUCCUCUCAAGACUGAGUGAAGUGAAGGACCAGUGGUCAGAGUACAUCUCACUCUGCGGCCUGAGAACACACUCACAGCUCGGCGAGUCGCUCGUCACAGAGCUCAUCUACGUUCACAGCAAGACCCUGAUAGCCGAUGACCGCUGCUAUAUCAUCGGAUCAGCCAACAUCAACGACCGCAGCAUGCUGGGCAGCAGAGACAGUGAGAUGGCCGUGUUUGUGGAAGACGAAGAGCGGGUCACCUCCAUCAUGGGAGGAGAGGAGUACCAGGCGGGACCGCUCACACUCGCUCUGCGGAAGGAGUGUUUCAGAGUUCUUGUCGGAUCUUCUUCCGACCCCAGCGUCAAUAUCGAUGAUCCCAUCAGCGAUGAGCUCUUCUUCCUGCACUGGAAUGAACCGGCUAAACUGAACGCUGAGAUUUAUGAAAAGGUCUUCAAAUGUCUGCCCAACAACUCGGUCCACAACAUGCGAGAGCUGAAGGAGUACUCGGGCCACGAGCGCCUCUGCGACACUGACUCUGAGCAGGCCAGAGAGGAACUGAAGGCCGUCCGAGGGCUGCUGGUUCACUUCCCCCUGAAGUUCCUGUGUGAGGAGGACCUGAUGCCUCCGAUAAACACUAAAGAAGGCAUGGCUCCUCUCGGUCUGUGGACAUAACCUGCAGCUCAGACCGCUGCGUUACAUCUCCACUGGUCCUGCUCAUAGUUUCAGCACAGUUCACUAAAGUAGCUACAGCACUGGCAUUUUAAUGGUGAGGACAGAGAGAUCUCCUCCAAACUAUCUGAUGGGAUCAUCGUUUUGUUUACCACUGAAAAGUAGAUUUGAUCAUGAUUGAGAGUAAGGCAAGUGCUUUUUGGGGUUUUCCCCUUUCCUGUAGUGUGUUUUAUAGGUUUCUGUGAAUGUAAAUGGUCUGCUAAAGGGCUAAAAUCACUCUAAAGGUUCCCCUAAAAAGGAGUCCCCACCCCACCCCCUGCGUGAAACGACUCUAUUGGAUUCCUUUGUUUCGUCCUGUAACAUAAUGACAUCACUAUGUAACACUCACACUUCUAUUGGAUAACACUGCUGAUAGUGAUAGGCUAAGGGGUGGGACAUCUCGAAGCGCUUGACCAAUCACACAGAGCCGGCCAGCUAACCAAUCGGAGCAGACUGGGCUCUGGUUUCAGACAGAGGGUGAAAAGAGGUGCUGCAGCACAGGCAGGAUGAGAAAGAUGAAGAGCUUUUUGAACAUUAAAGCAUGGAGACAUGUCUCUGGAGGCACUAAAUGCAAAUAUGACACUGAAUUUGAGCACAAUAGGGCCCCUUUAAGAAAAAGACAUAAAAUAACUAAUAAAUAAAAGAAGCUAAAAUGGGCAAAAGAACGCCUGGGCUUAAAAGUAGUCGGAGUUAUGAUGGAUGUGCAGUUUUCUGGUCGUCUGCUUCUCAGCUCAAUAUGAGCGGCAGUGCUGGCGGUGGUGUUAAAUACAAAUGAGUGUAUGAGUCAGGAGAGCAAGGCAGGCUGGUACUGGAAAUCAACACAUGAUCUGGGAACAUAGUGUACAUUUAUCGGUGCAAGGUUUUUUGGAUGGAUGGGUGGGUGGCUUCCGUCUCUGUCUCUGUCUCUUUUUUCGCUCUCACUCGCUCUUCCUCCGAGGCUUCACCUCUCACUGCAGUGCCAGCAAAAUCUGUCAGAACAUUUGUGGUUGUUAUGGUGACGGGUAUAAAGAGAUGACUGGAUUGUAGCUGAAAUAAAAAACACUGAAUAGGGCAGGAAAGGGAGAGAGGGGGACUAAAUUGGGAUGGUGUAUCGGAAAAUAGAAAAAGGCAACAUGCGGGAAAAAGAGGACUGAUUUUAAUAUUUCUGGAUGAGUGAUCAAGGUGGAGACACUGUGUGAGAGGAGAAGAGAAAAGGAGGACAACAUAAUUAAAGGGUGUUGGGUUGAUUUACUGCAAAUUGUUGCAAGGUUUUUUUUUUAAAGUCACCAUGACAACCAAAGUGAGUUAUAAUUUCCCUGUGUUGUCAGCAGAACAGAACAAAUCAUUCCUCUUCAGCUAUUUCCAUCACCGCUCGACAAUUACGUGUCCAGGUGCCAUAAUAUGUCCUGCGAAACUCCCCUUUUACUAAUGUGCGUCCUAGCAGGCUUUCAUAUAGGGCACAUUUGCACUGCAGUGGUGAUGGCUUUCACUCAUCAAGUCAUAUGUUUAGUUUUAAACCACAAAGAUGUUUUUGGAAAUAUACAUAUAUAAUCACAUUGUUGUUUUUACUCAAACCAGCGUGUCCACUUUACUGAGGCGUGAGGAACAGAGUACAAGUUGGAGAGCCUUACACUGGACCAAUAGUUAGCAUCCCUCUUUUGUAAAGUGUAUUGGAAAUCUUAUGUAAUAAUUUAGCAGCCUAUAUUGUAAGACAGAAAAAGGAGUUUGACCAAGGUGAAGGACAAACCGAAAAUUUUGAAGAUUUCUCACUUGCCUUUUAUCAUGUCCCGUUUUUUAAAGAGUACCACCAGCAGAGGGACACACUCCUUGUGCCAUGUAUUUCUUUUUAAUUUGCGAUGGAUUGUUGUGCAUGGAAAGUAGAAUUGUGCUGAGCUUGUGACACAGCCAGUGCAAUCGUACAGACUUCUUCACAAGCUCCUCGAGACAUUCCCACAAGUCAACAACACUACCAAGGUGGUAUCGGUACAAUCGUGUCUGUGAAUCUGACAGAUGACACGUUUCCCACAUCAACGCUGCUUUGCCUCUACAUGAACCACCUUUCAGAAAAACCAUCUGUGUUUUAAAAAAAUACAGCAUUCCUGGCUUCAGAUUAAUUCACCUGUUCUUUGGGAGAUAAUAAAAUGCUACUAGCCCUUGCACACUAAGCGCUGCAUGGGUUCUUACUAUCAUUUCCUGUAGAGCACACAGGGAUUUCCUUUUCUUUGUUUUAAUAUCCAGCAAACAUGUCCGUGAUGUACUAAGAAGUUUCCUUAUACUGUUUCUAUCAUGACUUGUAUUUUCAUUGGACUACUAGCCAGCAUUAUGAAUACAUUUUAUGAAUAUACUACUAACCAAAACAUGUAUGUGUUAACUCUUUUAUCCUUGUGUGUGCAAAGGUGUGGAUAGGGGACCUUAGAGUUGCUGAUGUAUGACUAACGCUCAGGGGUAGAGAGAUUAUACACAUGCUUACUUAAUCACUGAAGUACAGUUAUGAAUAACUUUGAGGUAUUACACUUCUCUUGUUUCCUCAAUAAACUUGUUUUUUAUGGAA